GCGUAAACAAAAAAAGUGUCCGCAACAACACUCGGAUAAAAUACCGGGACACACCUACGUAACCGUACAAUUUGUUGGGAAGCGAACUGCCAACGAAAACGGGCAGUGCGGAGAGAGCGAAAAGCGCCUCUCCGUCUCCUUCCCUCGAUCAGCGAUCCCCGGCCAUGAUCCUCGUCGAUGGCGUCCCGAUCCUUCCCGUCUCCGAUCCCGACUCGCCUUCGCCGUCUCAGGUUCUGGAAAUCUUAGCUGCUUUACUGGACCACCCAUCUUUAUUAUGUGCCUUGCAUUUAUUCAAAAAUACCCCAGAGAGGAGGUUUUCCAUUUCAGAGGAGUCUGGUUUGGGGAGCAUUACACAGCCUAAAUGUGUUUAUGUAUUCCAAAGAGAAUAUGCGAUUGUUGACCCUGCUUUUGUGGAUGUUGCCGGGACUGAUGAAGCAACUACAUGUGUGGGGCUUAUCAUUCGGAAUCGGUCAAAUGGAAAGAUUUCUAUUGCCCAUUUGGAUUCUCCAGAUAUUGUGGAAAUGGGUCUUGCUCAGAUGUUAUCACAAACUUUUGAUCACGACUUGCAGGAUGAGAUGGAUGUUCAUCUUAUUGGUGGUUUUGAGGAUGCUUCUCUUAAACGAAUCAACCGUAGUGAUGGAUCAGAAAUCCAUGGAAAAGUGGAUGGUUAUUCCUUACCACUGUGUAUCAAAUUGAUCGAAACAUUGUGGAGGAGACAAGAGAAAUUUCAUAUCCAGACAUUCUUUGUGCUUGGCCACAAUACCAGAUGGGAUGCUGAUGGACAUGCAUACCCUAUUAUUACUGGGUUCCUGGUGGAGACAUCCAAUGGGUCUGUAUUUCCUGCCUGUUUCGAUAGAUCUUCCAGAUGUCCCGAUGAAGUUGUCCGGCGAAUUCGUAUAACUGCAUGCAAUGAUGACUCGACUUGGAGGGGCAAGUUGCUGGAAACCUAUCAUACUCAAGAUGAUAAAUUCAUAAUUGCACCUUGCUAUUGGUCUUGGCAUCAGUUUCACAUUGCUUUGACACUGCAGCACCUUUCUGACUCCCAAAUACUUCUCACGUGUUCGACUUCACCUUAUGCCGAAGGUCCAGAUUUUGUUGAUAAUGAACGGAGGCAGCUCGAUUAUAUAAUUAAACACCCAGAUUGGAGGGAGACUUUCCCCAAGGAGCAACCGCGUGUAUUUGAGAGGAAUGGUCAAGGAGGUUGGAGAAGAUGCGGUGAUUGACAUGAAGUCCCCUGGACAACCGUGAAUGAAACUCAAGCUAUCUAUGGAACUAUUUACUUACCUACCUGAAGUUCCCCUUGGAGUACGUACUUGCAAAUGUUUACCCAAGAAACUUUCACCUGGGCUUAGCUCUCUCCCAAUUGUGUCCACUUUCUCAGCAAAUAGCGUAAUACGGGGUUGGGCCAUGAGGAUGAUGUUUACGUUGAAAAUGUCCUAGUUGCCAGCAGUCCGUUGAGCUGUUUGAGAAACAUGUUUGGUUAGAUUGUUCAUGUAGUCCCAUUUGAUCUCAA